ACAACAGAAGAAAACGGAACAGAAGAUCACUCAAAAAAAGAACAAAAAAUUUAUGCACAAUUUUUAUUUUCUUUCAUUUUUUAUUCUGAUUUGUGUGAGCUCUUUCCAUCUUUUUAUAUCAACCAUUACUUCAGCUUUUCAAGUUUUAUACUGUAUUAUCUACAUUCAAAAAGACGCUCAAAAUGAAUAUGCUACCGAACCCUAUACAGCUCGUGCAAACGUCUGAAUUCAAUAUCAAUGUUGAAACCGAUCAUAUUAUUCUACAUGGCAAUGUCGACGAAUCGGCUGGUGUCAUGUUACGGGGAUCGGUAGUGCUUCACUGUCAUGAAACGACAAAAGUAAGGUCUAUUAUGCUGAAGUUUGUAGGAAAGGCAAAAGUAAACUGGACAGAAGGUUUAGGGUCUCAUCAACGACAUUAUAAGGACGAAAAAACAAUUAUAAAGCAUGAGUGGAGUUUCUUACCUCCACAUCGCAAGACAUAUCAUCUACCAGAGGGCCGUUAUAAAUGGGAUUUUGAAUUGCCUUUGCCAGGUGAUUUGCCGGAAACAGUAGAUCAUGAUCUAGGCCAGGUGUAUUAUAGACUGAAAGCCGUAGUUGAGCGGCCCACCUUUUUGAUGAAUUAUACCGACAAAAAAGUUCUGCGCGUUUCCAGAGUUCUAUUACCUUCUUCCCUAGAAUUAACUCAAUCUUUGGUCAUAUCUAAUACAUGGGUCGACAAAAUCAGUUACGACAUAAGUGUAACAAGCAAGGUUUUCAGUAUGGGCAGCCUCAUUCCUAUCACGUUUGCGCUGGUGCCCAUCGCCCCAGAUCUUCAAGUGAGGUCAGUAUCUUGUGUACUUAAAGAAUAUACGACUUUAACAGCAGAAGAUCAUUCGAAAAUGGAAGGCAAGGUGAUUAAACAUUUGAGGGAUGAACAUUUCCCGACAACUGGGCCGGAUGCAUGGACAAAGACAGAGUUAUUACCUGUACCCGACUAUACCUCACAUUUAGUGCAAACAGACUCUUACUGUGAUUUGAUAAAGAUCAAACAUAAGUUGAAGUUUAUUGUAUCUCUCAUGAAUGCGGAUGGGCAUAUAUCAGAGCUGCGAGCUGCUGUUCCAAUAAUCAUAGCAGAUAUAUCUCCUGAAGAGGAUGAGAAUGCCCUACCCACUUAUGAGGAUGCCUGGAAAUCUGUACCCUAUGACCCAGCGCAAAUCGCUGCAUUAGUGGAAAGAGGAGAUUUACCCCCUUCUAUUGCCAUAUCAGCUCCAAAUGAAGCAGCAGUGGCGGCUAGCCAAGCUCUAGUGUCGUCUUCUGAUACAGAUGACGAUAACGAUCAUAGCGCCAAUAGUAGUCUCACCAACUUGAACUCGACAACCGCUUGGGAAGGUAUUGAUUUGUCAAGGGUGCCUUCCUAUACAACAGCCAUUCGCUCCAACCGAUUGUACAGCUUCUCUGGUUCGUUACCUGGAUACGAAUCGUUGGUCGUAGUGCCAGGAAACAGAGCGUCAUAAAACGAAAACUUCGCAUCGUUUGACCGGACAUAUUUCUACACAUUAAGAUUGUAUCAUUAGCUGUAAAGAAAACAGUGAUUUGUAAUUUAAAUGGUUUUGAUCUCUAUAACCCCAUACUCCUUGUAAUAUAUAUAUUCAUAAUAUCCUCAUUCUUAUUCUUCAUUAUAAUUAUAUACUAAUUAGUGAAAUCCUCAGACUCUUAGUGCCUAUAUUUCUUUUUAGUGUCUUUGAAUUAGUUUCUUUCUGCUCACUUGCUUAUUAUCUAUAUACAGCAAAAAUGUCUCAGGUUUCAGCCGCUCAUUCAUAUUUUUCGCCGUGGGGGAGGAUGAAAAGAAAAAAAUAAUAAAAAGUUUUAUACUUGGGAACAGGACU